UGGGGGAAUUAGAAUCGUGAUGAAUAACAAAGACAUCGAUAAGAUUUUCCGCGCCUACAUAAUGCUUGCUUAUAUCCUCUGUAACGACGACGCGGUUCUGGCGGCCGAGAACACCUUGCACCUGUGGUAUUCAGCCUUUUUUACCUGAUACGUUAGCCGACUGGAUGGGCGGUCCGCUAUAUCGAUACGUCGCCAAACAUACCAAAGCAUUACAACGCGAGUACGGGCUCGAGGCAAAUUAUAUAGGGAAUCUUUUCGUAAAGAAAAGUGUCGAUAUGUGUACGGUAAGAAUGUCUAAACCACGGAGCAGUGUCCCCGCGGCCAUCAAUCUCACUUUAAACUACUCGGAUCGGCCCUAUCUAGCAAAUUACCUGCAGAGAGACCUGCCGCCAGACGAAGCUAAGUCUGCUCGAGAUGCUAUAGUCGCUUCUAAAACUAGGCGAGACUACAGAGAGCGUUUUCUAUAUAGACAGCCGUAUAGCGAGCGCCCAGUCCACGUCAAAUUCAUGGAACACGGGAUACUAGCGCCCUUCGGUCGGAAUCUUAGUCGCUACACCAAACCCAACAUGUCAGUCCCCUAAAAGCUCUAUUUCCUAGCGCAUCAGCCAACCCUUCUGCCAUCUCGUCCUAGCACUCUAUUCGACUGUUCUAGAGGAGUAGCACAAUGGCUCCUUGACGACUCA